UAGGAAGACAUCUGUGUUUGUAGAAUGCAUUCCAGAGUUAGUUUCUAUCAGCUGUUUAGUCAUAUGUGAUUACAUUAGUUACCUUUAUGGAUAUAUUAUAAUAGAUCCAUGAUUUAUGUGAGUUUAUGUGUAUUUUUUAUGAAGCUUUAAUCUUUUUUUAUAAGCUGAUUUUACAAUACAUGUGAAAGCUACUUAUACAGUAGGGCAAGAUUUCAGCAAUCUCAGGCUGCUUGAUGGUAAAAAUCAAUGUAUGACCUCUGCUCUAGUUUUCACAAUGCUGGGUUUACUGGAGUAAUGACCUGACAACAUCUCAUUACACAUGGUGGGCUGUGUGGGUAAAAGGGUGUGAGCAGUAAUGAGGCAAUGUACAGCUCAUCAGGAAGCCAGUCACUGUAUGGAUCAAGCCUAGGGAAGGUUUGAAGCUGAUCUUCUUCUUCUGAACUACAUUGCCACUCAUUACCAAACUAGUGGACCACGUUAUCAUAACAAAUAUGGAGUAUGCAGCAAAAUCUUUGAGCUUUCUCACCACCAAAUCUCUGUCUAAGUGCGUCUCAGUAAGUGCUUCAAUGACUCAACAGCUUCUUUCUCGCCCUGCAUCCAAACCUCGACCCUUUCGAGUCUGCAACUGUGACCGUAGCACACGCAAAGGGAUCAUGGCUGACAGCCUCGGGGAUCUGAUCAACAAGGUACAAGACUCCCUGCUUAUAUCUGAGGCUCUUACUCUGGUUUUGGAUGAGGAUGGAACAGGUGUGGAUACAGAGGAGUAUUUCCAGGCUGUGGAUAGUGGUGCAGUUUUCAUGGCUCUUGGGAAAGGACAGACAUGGAAACCAGCAGAAGGCACAGGAUACCAGAUUGAUUUCUCCAACAAAUCUGUAAGGAAGAUGGAUGUGGCUAGUGUCACCUUUGAUCUAUACAAAAAUCAUCCUGAGGAUUUCAUUGGCUCUCUUAAUGUCAAGGCCACACUGUAUGGCAUGUACACUGUAUCUUAUAACUUGCAGUGCCAUGGGGCAAAGAGGAUGAUGAAGGAGGCUUUACGUUGGACCCUUUUUGCCAUGCAGGCAACUGGCCAUAUUCUUCUGGGCACCUCUGGCUACGUGCAGCAGCUUCUGGAAGCAAACGAGAAGGAGGUUCCAGUGGAGGAGAAACCUACCAGCAGGAUUAAAGACUUGCUCCCCUUCUACCCUCUCAGAAUGCUGCAGUAGAGUCCAUGGGAGCUCUUUGAGAUAAGGCAGGCAUGAUAAAAACCCUUCCUUGUCUGCUGACUUGAUAAGUGACUUUGAGGCAGGAUUCUGUGGAUUACAAACUCUCCUUCAGACAGGCAAUACAAUUCAGUCUAUGUUGUGCUAGUGAACAAUUUUAGCGAAUGUGUAUAUUCAGUUAUUAUGUUACUUGAAGAUGCCUUUUUUGCUGUUGCAGUGGACACCACAAGAUCCCAUAAUGCACAGCUCAAACUGUGAAUUGAACAGGGGAAACUGGGAGAAUCCGAUGCUUCGGUUUGCAAAGUAUGAAUUGGUGGAGCACUAAGGACAGAUAUAAAAUGGACAUUUUUUAUUAUAUAAUCUGCAUACAUUUGCUAACAAUUUGGCUAUCACAAGGUAUAAAUGCACAUGGAUCAUCUUACUAAAACAAAAAGAACACUUUAUGACUUUCACAUUUAAGGUAUAUUAGCGCAACACACUCCAUAGCAAAUGCUCACUUCAUACUGAGUCUACAGGUGCUGUUAUCUCGGGAGGUUCUAUCCGUAUUGGAGACCUAAGCUUAACAUCCUGGAUUUCCCCAAUCUCCUGGUAGUUAUUUCAAUAACCAUCAAUUGGGGAGAACUAACAAGAGAAUUGCAUGUUUUAGGUGAAAGUAGUCAUAUUGGAAAACAAAUGUCCAACCUGGCUAUGUUUCUAGCUCGCUGUUUUGGUCUAAAAUUUAAUUUCCUUCUAAUUUCACUGAAUUUCUCUGUUUAGCAAAUAAUUCUAUUUGUCUCUGGGACAUUAGAGAAAACCUCUGCAAAAUAUCAAAAUUUACAGGUACAUCUCCGUUCUUUAGGUAUCCGUGAAUGUUUAUUAGGACACUCUA